CGGCAGCAGCGGCCGGGAGCAGCAGGAAUUGUCAUCCAUCACUCUGAAAAACAACAUCCUGUGAGUUUGUUUCAAGCUUUCUGCCUCAUCACCUGCUUCAGAUAAGCUGUGCUCCAAGCUUUCCUGGGGAGGGUUUGUCCUUGGAGAGACAUGGCCUUCCGCGGCUGGAGGUGGCUCCUCCUCUUGGGCAGGCGGAACACCUUUGCCAAGGCUUGGAGGAGCAGGAGGGAAGGCCCCUCUCUGCGCUGGAAGCGUUGCUGCCAUUGGAGUGCCGGCAAGUCUCUCGACCCUGAGGUGAGAGCAUUUUUGGAGGAGAACACGGAGGUCACCAGCAGCGGGCACCUCACACCAGAGAUACGACUGCGCCUCCUCACCCCUCGCUGCAGGUUCUGGAGGGAAAAACCUGACCUGUGGCCUUAUGGGGACCCAUUCUGGGCAAUUUACUGGCCAGGAGGCCAAGCCCUCUCCAGGUAUAUUUUAGAUAAUCCACGUGUUGUUAAAGGACGAUCGGUUUUGGAUCUUGGAAGUGGAUGUGGAGCAACAGCAAUAGCUGCUGUGAUGAGUGGUGCAUCGCAAGUCCUUGCUAAUGACAUUGACCCUAUUGCAGGAAUGGCAAUGAUCUUGAACUGUGAACUGAACCACCUGAACCCCUUCCCCAUAACCAUUAAGAACAUCAUUAAUUCAGAGGCCGGCAACUGGGACCUGAUUGUUCUAGGAGAUAUGUUUUAUGAUGAACAACUUGCUGAUGGUCUGCAUCAUUGGCUGAGGAAAUGCAUGAGGAUACAGCAAACUGAAGUGCUGAUUGGUGACCCUGGCAGGCAUCAGUUUUUAAGCCACAGCAUUCACAGUCAAUUGCACAAAGUUAUAGAAUAUUCACUUCCUGAGUAUACUAGACAAGAAAACAAUGGAUUAACAUCAAGUAUCGUCUGGAGUUAUCAGCCCUCAAAUAGCUUAGAAAACUGUUGAAGCUGGCUUUCUAAUGAAUUUUGUCUCACUUGGUUGGCUUUUUUUCUAAGUAUGUAAAAUGAAAAUGGGAAAUAAACACAGAACAUAUCUGUUGAUGCAAAGCAGAUUACUGUACCUUCACUAUACUGAUUUUAGUCAUACUCACUGAGGCUUUCGCUCCAUUUGAGGUAAAAACUACAUGCCAACUGUAUUCAAAGGGGCCUGCACUGAAGUGCAAAUCCAAUGACGAGUUACAUGUAAGAGUUUGCAUGCUUGAUGUUUUUUAUGUAUAUUCAUGUCUUGCUCUCCAACACUCUUGUGGAAUGUUUUGGACGUCCAGCAUACUGCUCUGGGGAGAGGCAGGGGCUGAAAGACUACUGCACUGCUUUCACAUGCUUUUGCAGCUUAUUUACAGAGAAAAUUAUUGCUGUCCAUAAAACUCUCUGCUAGAUUAUUAGCUCAUACUAUGCUCAACUUAAAGUGCCUUGCUCUUCCUCUGGAUAUCUCUUCUGAAUGUCAAAGUAACUAAUUUGAAUCUCCCCCUUCCCCUCUAUAAUAAAAAUUUACUCUUC